AUGAGUACUGAAAGUAUAUUAACUGUUAUGCUACCAAUGAAUGCUACAAGCGGCAUCCAGAACAUGACUCUGGAGGAGGAGGUGUGUGACAACUGGAGAGAGAUCCACCACUUGGUAUUCCACAUGGCAAAUGUGUGCUUUGCCUUAGGACUGGUUAUUCCGACUACUCUGAACCUGCAUAUGAUAUUCCUUCGUGCUUUACUAUGCCUGGGGUGCGCCUUCUUUAUCAUUUGGGCAACUCUUUUCCGCUGUGCUUUGGAUAUAAUGAUUUGGAAUGCAACUUUCCUUGGGAUUAAUUUUAUGCAUUUUAUAUAUCUGGUAUAUAAGAAAAGACCAAUCAAGAUUGAAAAGGAGCUGAAAGGUAUCUAUCAUAAAAUGUUUGAGCCUCUUCAUGUGCCCCCUGAACUGUUUAAGAGACUCACUGGUCAGUUUUGCAGCAUUCAGACCUUACCAAAGGGAGAGACCUAUGCAGUGGAGGAUAAAACAUCUGUAGAUGACCGCUUAAGUAUACUGCUCAAAGGGAAGAUGAAGGUCUCCUAUCGAGGUCAUUUUCUUCAUAACAUAUAUCCCAAUGCUUAUAUAGAUUCUCCAGAAUUCAGAUCGACAGAAAUGGAGAGAGGAGAAAAAUUUCAGGUGACAAUCACAGCAGAUGAUAAUUGCGUAUUUCUGUGCUGGUCUCGGGAGAGACUAACAUAUUUUCUGGAGUCUGAACCAUUCCUUUAUGAGAUAUUUAAGUAUUUGAUUGGGAGAGACAUUACAAAUAAGCUAUACUCCCUGAAUGACCCCACAUUAAGUGACAAGAAGAAAAUGGACAGGCAGCCCAGUCUGUGCUCUCAGCUGUCUGUAAUGCAGAUGAGAAACAGCAUGGCCAGCACAAGUGACAGUGAAGAUGGUCUGCAUAACUUUCUGCGGGAACCUCAACUGCUUCUUCUCUGCGGGAAUAACCACCAAGAGUUCUAUAAUUCUUACGGAAUGGGUCGUGUGGCGCAUGAUGUUUUCUGUUGA